AUGGCCGAUAGCCCAAGUCCCGCAGCCCCAGCGCCGCCCGACUCUGAGGUGGAGAAGCUUAAGGCACAGCUCGACGAGGCGCGAAAGGAGAACGCCGCCCUCCGCGCGGAGAACGCGGUGCUGACCAGCGUGAACGCGACGCUCAUCGACGGGAACGAGCGGAACCUCACUGCGCUCCGCCUCGAAUACAAGCUCCUCGCAGAGGAAUACGCCGCGCUGCGCGAGGACCGCGGCCUCCCGCCCGCCUCCCCCCGCGCGCCGCCCAAGACGCUCGACACGGACCUGAUGCACGACAUCAGCCUGUGGGAGCAGGCGGUCUACUGGGACGCGGCCGAGCAGCGCGAGGCGACGGACACGUGGGCCGCCGUGCCGGCGCCGGGACCGGCCGCCGCCGGCGGAUGGGACGGCCCGAGCACCGAGACCGGAGCCCGGUGGGACGCGGCGCCGCGCGGACGAGGACGCGGUGCGCCUCCGGGGCAGACCCCUGCAGCUGGGGCCCCGCACGCGCUGAGCAAGUCGGCGCGCAAACGGGCGGCGGCGAGGGCGCGCCGAGAGUCGGCGCAACCUGACGGCCCGGCGCAGGCUUCGAACGGGGCAUCCGUAUCGGCAGGACCUGAAAACGCACAGGUUAAUAUCAACCCACAGACGGCCGCCACCAGCCUAGCUCCGGCGAUAAGUGGCGGCUCAAGCCGUGGCUCCGGCCGGGGCUCCGGCCGGGGCUCCGGUACUGGCUCCGGCCGGGGCUCCAGCCGUGGCCACGGUGCCAAUGCGCCGGCGAACCGAGGGCGAGGCCAGCCCAACCCGCAGUGGCAGACGACGCGUCAAACGCGCCAGGCACCGGCACCGGCACCGGCACCGGCACAGACGAGUAUCGCGGCCUGGGGCACCGAGCAGGCGUCCGCGAACUGGGGCCUGCUAUGA